CAUUCUUUAUGACUGAGUUCCAUCUACAAAACCAGACGCCUCAGUUAGACCAAUCUCCAGAAGGCUGUCCUAAACCUAGGCAGAACUAAACCUAGUGAGACCCCCUGGGGGUUCUGCCUCAUUUCUGGUGCUCUCCCCGCUCUGCGCCCAGAGCACCUGAGAACUAUGGAAGGAGCAAACCUGAGCCAAGAGAUGGAAUUUGAGCUCUUGGGCCUCACCAGUGACCCCCAGCUCCAGACCCUGCUCUUCGUGGUGUUCCUGGGCAUGUACAUCGUCACUCUGCUGGGGAAUCUGGUCAUGUUCCUUCUGAUCCAUGUGAGUGCCACCCUGAACACACCCAUGUACUCGCUCCUGAAAAGCCUGUUCUUCUUGGAUUUCUGGUGUUCCUCCACAGUUGUCCCCCAGACGCUGGUGAACUUCUUGGCCAAAAGGAAGGUCAUCUCCUAUCUUGGCUGCAUGGCUCAGAUGUUCUUCUAUGCAGGUUUUGCCACCAGUGAGUGCUAUCUCAUUGCUGCCAUGGCCUACGACCGCUACGCUGCUAUUUGUAACCCCCUGCUCUACGCCAUCACCAUGUCUCCUGAGGUCUGUGUCGCUCUGAUUGUAGGCUCCUAUGGAGCAGGAUUCCUCAACUCUCUUAUCCACACAAGCUGUAUCUUCAGUUUGAAAUUCUGUGGUGCUCACGUGGUCACACAUUUCUUCUGUGACGGACCGCCCAUCCUGUCUCUCUGUGUGAGCACCUCACUGUGUGAGAUCCUGAUGUUUAUUUUUGCUGGUUUCAACCUUUUGAGCUGCACCCUCACCAUUUUGGUUUCCUACCUCUUAAUUCUCUUCUCCAUCCUGAGAAUGAAUUCAGCCCAGGGCAGAUUCAAGGCCUUUUCCACCUGUGCUUCUCCCCUCGUUGCCGUGUGUCUCUUCUAUGGCACCGCACUCUUCAUGUACCUGCGCCCCAGGUCCAGCUACUCCCUGGCCCAAGACCGCACAGUGGCUGUGAUCUACACGGUGGUGAUCCCAAUGCUGAACCCCCUUAUCUACUCUCUGAGAAACAAGGAUGUGAAGGAAGCUUUAAGAAAGGUUUGGAGCAGGAAAAUUAUGGAAUGAUCUCAACUCGUUACCACCUAUCUUUAGGAAGCCGAGGAAACUUUAUCUGAUGUGCUGCUAAUCUGAGCACAUUCCCACAUUAGCCCAUGCUCUCUGGCCUAGACCCAGGUGUUCCUGCAUCAGCCUGCCAGCCUGCUGUAGAAAGAGCUGGUCGUGUCAU